AUGUGUGAUGCAUCCAAUUUUGCAGUGGGGGCUGCAUUGACACAGCGGGUUGGUAAGUUUCCUCACAUCAUUUAUUAUGCUUAUAGAACUUUGGAUCCAACACAAUAUAAUUACACCACAACUAAAAAAGAAUUGUUGGCCAUAGUCUUUGCACUGGACAAGUUUAGAUCAUAUCUGUUAGGGUCAAAAGUUGUGGUUUUUACUAAUCAUUCUGCCUUAAAAUAUUUGCUGAAAAAGACAGAUUCUAAGCCCAGGCUUAUAAGGUGGAUGCUCUUACUUCAAGAAUUUGAUUUAGAGAUCAAGGAAAGAAGUGGAACUCAAAAUUUUGUAGCCGACCACUUGAGCAAGAUAAAGAGAGUUCUAAACCCUAUUCCAAUUUUAGAUGAUUUUCCUGAUGAACAACUUUUAGAGUUGUAUACUUCACAGGCACCUUGGUAUGCUGAUAUUGUUAAUUUUCUAGUUGCAGGAGCUUUUCCAGCAGGUGCACCAAAAGCUAAAAAGGAUAAGAUAAGAAGUGAUGCCAAACACUACGUUUGGGAUGACCCUUAUUUAUGGAAAUUCUGCAGUGACCAAGUCAUCAGAAGGUGCGUGCUUGAUGAGGAAAUUCCAUCUAUCCUGCGGUUUUGCCACGCCUUAGCUGUAGGAGGUCAUCAAGGACCUCAGAGGACAGCAAGAAAGGUGCUGGAUGCAGGAUUGUAUUGGCCAUCCAAUUUUAAGGACUCAUGGCAAGCAUACUCUACUUCAACUAUGGUUAAUACACCAAGAAAGAGCACUCCAAGGUCCAAGAGGGCCAAAACAGCUGGUGCAUCUUCCUCUGCACCCCCACCUAACCAUGACCCCAAGUUUAGGUCAUUGGAGCAUGAAGAAUAUUUCAAAACAAACAUCUUAAGAAGGAAGCUGGUACAGGACCAUAACUUUGAAAUUCAAGAAGGCACCUAUUCCCAAUUUGAGGAGGAGAUUUAG